AUGUAUCACCUCCGCCGCGCCGUUAUUGUGGUCGUCUUCCUCGCUACCCUCGCAUUCAUCACCUGGUUCGUCCCCAGGACUCUCAACCCAACCCCGCCCAGUCCCGAGGACCAGAAGCGAGACAAAGCAUGGGUGGCCUCCUCGCCGUACUGGAUAGACCGGCAGGCAUGCAGGUGGUUCAGUGUCUGCGGUCUGCACCACAUGCGCUGGGACGACCCGGUCAGACCCCGGGACCCGCGGAUUGACUACCAAGUCGAGCUGGAGUUGAAAAAGAGGACUCUAAAUGAAGGAGCGGCACCUAAUUCGUGGGAAAACAUAGGCAGGAGAGCAGGUGGAAAGGAGGGGCUGCAUGCAAAGACCAAGAACCUGAAGGAUGUACCCGAUUUCGUCCUCAAGCAUGCGCCGCUCGUGCACUUAUACUCCAAGGAGCACUUUUGGCCGUCAGACAUUGCCGAGCAUGUCCGCCACAUGGCACCCUUCGUCGGUGACAACCCUGUCAACAUGACGGAGCCAGUCUCCUUGACAAACAUGUACGAGUUGAACGGUGUUCCAGGAUUUGUGUUCCUUACCAGCAACGAAGACGUCGAACAGCGACCAGAGUGGCUGUCCAACGAUGUGGGCAAGCCAAAGCCAUACCCAGCAGACGACGACAACGGGGUGAAAGUCGACCCUGCUGAUGGUCGCCAUAUCGGUGAAGAAAGCGAGUCUUCUAAUUACGAGGAUACGACUUGGUGGGACAUCAGUCAGGACACCCCCCUGCGCCGCAUAUCUGCUCCACAAGACAAUGAGAGAAGAGACAUGCUCUCCAAACUUCGCCGUCGCCUUUUCCUCUCUGGCGACCACCCGCAAAAGCCAUUCCCUCCGCCUCCGGACACGCCUGGUCACAAGCCCGAUGCCAGCGGGUACUCGGCAGCGCCAGCUGUUCUGGUUGUAGUAGACAAGGGUUCAGGCAUCGUCGAUGCAUUCUGGUUCUUCUUCUACAGUUAUAACUUAGGCCAGACCGUUCUCGAGAUGCGCUUCGGCAACCACGUCGGCGACUGGGAGCACUGCAUGGUGCGCUUCGAGAACGGUGUGCCCCGCGCAAUGUUCCUGAGCGAGCACGCAGGCGGCCAGGCAUAUGCUUGGGCCGCACUCGAGAAGAAGAGAUUAAACGCCACCAUAAACGGAGUCAGCGAGAUCAACGAGAGGCCAGUGAUAUACUCAGCUGUGGGCAGCCACGCCAUGUAUGCAUUCCCUGGAGACCAUGCAUAUGUCCUGCCGUUCAACAUGCUCAAGGACCAGACGGAUCGGGGGCCGCUCUGGGACCCAUCGCUGAACAACUAUGCGUACUUCUACAACCACACUGUGGCCCCACCGCCUCCGGAGGAUGACGAAGGCGCAGUUGCAAAAGAAAUCAUCACGGACGGGUCAAUCCCAUACCCUGUCGACGCAAGUGUCAUGGACGCCCACGCCAACGCAACCCUCCGCAAACGCGAUGGCCAAGCCGUCGCACCCACGUCACUGACACCAGCAGCUUCAAAUCCCGACGCCCCGACCUCGUGGUUCCACUUCGACGGGCCCUGGGGCGACGAGCUGUACAGUCUGGGCGACGAUAGGCAGUGGCGGCUGUUUGGGCAGUACCACUACGUGACGGGGCCCAUGGGGCCCAAAUUCAAGAACCUGGGGCGCGAGAAGGUGUGCCAGAGGUACAAGUGCCGCAUCCUUUACAGUAUCGAUGAGGAGGAGGAGCAGCUGGCAUGA